AUGGAUGCAUCAACAGAAUCACAAGAUGUUAUGGAUAUUGAAGAAACACGAGAUCCAGUCAUACGUAAGGGUCGAGGUUUUAUGACACAAGAUGAAACAAUGUUUUUGAACGGUGAAAAUAUGGAAGGAGAAGCUAUUCAAUAUGACAAUGAAGAAUCUAGUGCAUUGACAAAAUCAGGAAUGCGUGCUAUACGAUCAAUUGAAGGAUGGAUUUUAUUGGUAACGGGAUUGCAUGAAGAAACAUCAGAAGAAGAUCUUCAAGAUAGAUUUUCGGAAUAUGGAGAUAUCAAAAAUUUACAUUUAAAUUUGGAUCGAAGGACAGGUUAUGUUAAGGGAUAUGCAUUGAUUGAAUAUUCAAAUUUAUCAGAGGCUAAAGAAGCCGUUGAAAAAUGUAAUGGAACGGAAUUAUUAGAAUCUAAAUUAUCGGUUGAUUUUGCAUUUGUUGAACCCGCUUGGAAUAUGUCGGUACAGAGAGAUGCACGAAAUUAA